AGCGGUACGCGAAAGGAGGCGCGGUGUCUGUGAGGAGAGCGUGUAGUGGCCCCGCCCCUCUUCUCGCUCGGCAGGGCAGAGGGAUGUUUACUGGCAGCUGAGGCAGAAGAGUAGCUGUGCUGCGCGUGGGGUGGACGCGGCUGUUCGGAAAAGGCAGAGAGAGUGUAGAGUGUAGAGCAGGCGGCUCGGGAUGAACGGGGCAGCUCCGCCGCUCUUUGACUGCAAGGAGCGAGCGCUGCUGUUGGGCGAGAGCUUCGAGAGACGCCCGCGCUGCGCCUUCCACACCGUGCGCUAUGAUUUCAAACCAGCAUCAAUUGACACAUCCUGUGAAGGAGACCUUGAAGUUGGUAAAGGUGAACAAGUGACAAUAACUUUGCCUAAUAUUGAGGGUUCUACUCCACCAGUAACAGUUUUCAAAGGUUCCAAGAAGCCAUACCAAAAGGAAUGCAUCUUGAUAAUUAACCAUGACACUGGAGAAUGUAGACUAGAGAAGCUUAGUAGCAAUAUCACUGUGAAGAAAACCAGAGGUGAAGGAAGCAGUAAGGUCCAGUCUCGUAUUGAGCAGCAGCAGCAGCUGCUAAUGCGAAAUGCAAAUAAGAUUCCGAACAGUGUUAAAUGUUCUCCACCAAAAGAAAAGAUGUCUCCACCUUCUCCUCUGGAUGAUAUUGAAAGAGAGUUAAAAGCAGAAGCCAAAGUUAUAGAGCAGAUGAGUAGCUCUGAUAGUUCAUCUGAGUCAAAGAGUUCGUCCUCCUCAUCAAGCAGUGAGAAUAGCUCUAGUGACUCAGAAGAUGAAGAGGCGAAGCCAUCCCUUUCUCUGUCAAUGCCACACCUACAGCCACAGCUUCCUUUGAUGGCUGUAUCACAACAGGCCUUCCCAGAUGUGGAUGCUGGAUAUCAUAGAAGUCGAGAGAGCAGCGGCCACUUGAUGAACACACUACGGAAUGAUCUCCAGUUGAGUGAAUCUGGAAGUGACAGUGACAACUGAGGGCAUUUGACAUUAUAAAGAUGCAUCAUUUCCCUGGCUGAAGAUGAAAUUGCAUUUGUUUUGCACUGCAUAUGGAUGUAUAAAAACAGAGGAAUGUUACCAACUUUGAUAAUAAAGUUGACUUAAUUUUUCUGAUGUGUUUCAAGUUCAGCAGCAUUCCUUUUGUAUGUAACUUUAUGUGGCACUUUGAAAUUUCUGGGUUUGGUACUUUCUCUUUUUAGCUGAAUCCAGAGUUUAGCCUUUACUACCUCCUGUGCUUAGAAAUUUCAGACAGCUAACUAAUAUAUGUGAGUUCAACAUGGAGGAAGUUCUUGUUUAUACAUAUUUUGGAUUGAAGUUUAACCUGCAAACCUGUGUGCGUAUGUAUAACUAGGAGAAAGCAAACAGUUGAAAUCCAUUAUGUUUUUAUUCCUUGCAGCUAAUAAGAAAGCAAUUGCCAAAUAAUAUGACACUAUCCAAUGUUUUGAGCAAUACAUCAGUGCAUUCUGAAUUUCCUUGUAUUUUCCAGUCUGCAGUUUCUCAAACUAGAGAUUUCUUUUGCCUUUAUAAUAAACUUGGUUCAACAAAUAGCUCCAUCAUCUUGCUAGCCAAAUGUAGAAUGCUGUACUACACAAACGCAUCCUUUUAAAAUUCUGUUAAGAUCAAUGCAUUACUUUUGAUAGGAAUUCAAUAAAUAAUAAAUUAUUUAUAAUUUCA